AUGACUGCAGUUCUUAGAUCCAACAAAUUUUUGGAUUUUAAAGUACCUUUAUCGGAAAAUGUACCUCAUCUCUAUUUUAAGGAAGUUGAAGCACAACAUUGGCAAUUAAGGCAUUAUCUAAGUUUUUGUCUAAAAAAUGAUGAUCCAAUUUUACCAUGGUCUGAAGUGUAUUACAAGUGGAAUCGAUCUGUGGAAUUUAUCGCACAAAAUUGUACUAAAAAUUAUCCAGGAUCUAUUUGUGGUUUUUGUAUCGAAUUACAAAAUAUUUGUGAAACCCAUGAAGGAAUGAUAAUAAACAAAUACUGUAAAAAAAUGUACGAGAAAUUUUUCCAACAAAAUGCUAAUUUGCCAUCUGUUGAAAGAUGUCGAUUUAUUGAUUCUACUAUAUUCUCUGAACAACCACAAAUAGAAAAUGUUGAAGUCAUUGAAAAUGAGGAGACAAAAAAUGUUGAAUAUGAUAUUAAUGUCAAAAAUAUUUUGGACGAAUCUGAAAUUGAUUCACAAGAAUUUGGUACAGUCUUAGCCAAUUUUGGAAUUUAUCAGCGCGACGUGAAGAAUAUCUUAACAGAAAAUGAAAUAAUGGAUUUAACUCCAGCUUCCGAAUUUGUUCUUAU